GUGGGGAUGGUAUUUCAUGCGAAUUUUUUGUUUUAUGGGGGUUGGGUUUUUUUGGGUUUUUCGAAAAAAAAAAUCGAUGUAUUUUUUUGUUUUUGUUUUUGCACUGGAUUGUUGUGGAUGGAAGCGUGAUGACAUUCCCGAGGAAUGUGGUUGGAGAUCCUCGUAGGUUGAGGUUUUGGGAUGGACGCUGCGGUGUUGCAGCGGGAGGUUUCAUGUUGUGGGUCAGCGGGUUGCAGCCUGUCCGCGUGCGGGUUUGGUUUGGUCUUUUUGGGGGAAGCGGAGCCGUGCUGUGAGUUUGAGCUGCCACGGGAGAUUUGAGUGUGGAGGUUUGUUCCUGACGUCGUGAGUAGGGUAGUCUAGCUGGGCUCGGAAAGAGGGUGCGUGUUAGUGUGUUAGUGCUGUGUCUGUGAGAGGGAGAGCGAGAGAGAGAGAGAAACUUGAGUAUUCCGAGCUUCAUGCGUGUGACCUGAGUGACAACGAAGCCUCUUACUUGUGCAGGAAGCGGCCAAUUAGUUGCUUUUGUGCAAUUGUAGCUCAUGAUCUUUAACAGGUGGAGAUGGAGGUUACAUCCACCGAAGCCAUGCACGCUGCAAAUACACCGCAUGAAAGUGAUGACCCGAUCUCAGCAAUUGAUGAAAUCGAAGGAUGUCAAUCAGCCUUAGCGGAGACUCAAAUCCUGGUGAAUACAGGCGCACAGCGUGGUGCAAAUGGUAAGACUAGCACCCCAGAAGUGCACCAUCAUGGUAUGGUACAUGGAAGUGACUCUGUUCAAACAGACGAACUUAACACGCAAUUGGCAAACAAAUCAGUUGGUCGGCCGAAAGAAAGGAGUUACAGAGUGAUCAGGUCUUCGAAAACACCGGAUACUCGAUUGUCUCCGUCGCAGCCUAUGAAGCCAUAUGAAGCGGAUCAGAGUCUUGAGGACAACGGAAAGAGGUCCAGUUGUAAGAAGCAGGCAAAAAAGAAAGCCUCGGUUGCAUCACUCUUCUAUGUCGACAAUAAUUCUUCUACUAGGAGACAAUCAAAGAGAGGUGAUGAAGACCGCUCUCAUGUAACUCAUGCUCGUCGUCUACCUUUUGCUCCUGUUCCGGCGUCCGAACUCAACAUACGGAUGGGUGCCAAUCAAACACCUGAAAAGUACACGCCUACCAAAACUGUGGCCACUCCUACUAGCCUCACGCCGGUCCAGGUGGCUUCUACUGCAUCAGGUGAGGAGGGAUCAAUAUCUCCAGUGUUGUCUCUUAGGCAAGCAGAAUCUCUAACAACUCAUGGCUGGACUGUUGGAGAUGAGAGUGAUGUUGAGUCUGAGUAUUCUGAAGAGGCUACUCCAGUUCCAUUAGGAGAUAUCCUCGUCGAAGAGGAUACUAUCGAGAGUGCCCUGGAGAAGCUGUCUUUGGAGAUAUAUGGUCCCGAUGAUUCAUGUGAGCAUCACGAUCCUGAUAAGGAGAAUGUGCCUGAGAUGAACCCGCCCGGACUAGGUGGAUCGCAAAGGUUCAACAGUAUCGGAAGUUGCCGUAGGGAGCCCCUUCAAACACUGUACAGUGCGCCGUCUCCUUCGUUCUGCCAAAGUCCUAAUACUUUUUCCAUAUCUAUGGCUUCUUCUCAACAAUUGCACAGGGCGAGGUAUCCACUGGACGCAGGACGGCAGUGGCAAGUUAUAGUAGAUACAGAAUGUCUUAUGAAUACGAGGUCCCUUGAAUGUAUCAAGCAACUUGAAGGCAUUCGUCUCACUCGCCUCAUCAUCCCCAGCAUCGUUAUAAGGGAACUGGGUUACUUUCAAAAACAAGAGGAAUUGAAGGCCCGUUCACGUUCUGCACUGGAGUGGAUUCAGAGUUGCAUGUUGAAAAUGCCUUCAUGGAUUCAUGUUCAGUGCUCUGCGGAUGCUUUUCGCGUGGCCAUAACCCCCGUAUCACCCUCCGUCUUCUCCAGAGCACUUCUAUCGUACGUUGGUGAAAGCGACGUGAUGCAACCCACUCCUCACGAUUAUGUACUUGAGUAUGCUUUACUCCAACAAACAAUGGCAGAUGGCCGAGUUGCCAUUUUGACAGAUAACACCACACUUAAAAUCAAGGCCCUGGCUGAGGGCCUUGUGGUCGACUCUGCAAUCAGUUUUUGUGAGAGCUUGUUCAACCCAUACUCCGAUCGCUUCGUUUACACUGGCAGCGAACCCAUUGGACGAUCAUCAGGUCGAUUCUGCGAAAGAUUACAUGAUGGAAUCAGCACCCCUCGAUCGAUCACCUGGAGCUGGACACAGUCUAGGCCGGACUCCCCCGGACCCACCUCGAGAGGCAACUUUUCCAUUUGGCGUAAUAGCCAACCGGUGGGUCUGCAGAUCCUACUUGCGUAACCAAUCAAACUGAAGAUUCUGGUUGUGAAUCUCAGAAACCUGGCGAUUUGCCCUCGUUACUGGUUGCUCACCUUAAAGGAGGUGGUUGAAACCUGGUGACUUUCGGCAUAUGGUUCAUACUUUUUGAGGUCAAGUGUUUCAUUGACGACAUUCGCAGCAUGUAUAUAUGUAAACUUUCUAAGUAAGAAACUUCAUCGACAGCUUGAACAAUUUGAAAAUUCAUCCUAGAUCGCAUCUCUUGAUGGAACGCUGUUGCAAGUCCCUAGUUUGUAUCGGUACUGGGUAAUAUUCAUUCGUAUCUAAUA